AUUACAUACAUUAUGGUUCAUCUCAACCGUCACAAUGGCAGAAUCUCUUCACUUGUGCGCUAGGUAUACUCUGCUUUUUUUAUAUUUCCAUAUCUCGGAAACGAAACAUUAUCGAUGUAAAUCACAGUUCCUCCUUCGGAAAGCAAACGGCCUGCCCUGCAACGGUUAUUGAAAUUACACUGAAAAAGUCAAAAGAGUUUUCCAAGUCUUUUUCGAAAACCCAACUAACAUUUCGAGCUCUUCCAUCAACGAUUAGCUCAGAAUUCUCAAUUUUUUUAAUCCAAAAUGGUUGCAAACUCUUCCUUGUUCCUCCCAUUCUUUCUUCAUUUCUGAUCUUCAAUCGAAGCUCUACUGUAAUGGCCGUAGUUCCCAUGAUAGAAUGCAAACAAUUAGGUUAGGGUUUUGGUUCCUGCCAUGGCAUUGACCCAUUUGACUCUGAGCCUCCCUUCCUGCUGUGGUUGUCGCAAUAUCGUUCACGAGGAGCAGAGAGAUUCGAAUUUGGGUGUUUCUGUCUCUCUUUCGGGCACCGGAAGCGCCAUCUCUAGACUCCCAAAUGGGUUUUUUCGCGAAGGUUUUCAGUCAAGAUAUAGAGGUGUUAUCGGGUAUGGGAGAUUGAAUGUGGCCGAGUUGCAGACGGUUGAGAAUGACCAGAUUAGGACUGGUGUUGAAAUCCCUGUUACUUGCUAUCAGAUCAUUGGGGUGCCUGAUCAAGCUGAGAAGGACAAUAUUGUGAAGUCAGUGAUGGAUCUGAAAAGUGCUGAGAUUGAAGAAGGUUACACCUUGGAUGUUCUUGUAUCUCGGCAGGAACUUUUAAUGGAUGUGAGGGAUAAGCUUCUUUUUGAACCAGAGUAUGCUGGUAAUGCAAGGGAAAAGAUCCCACCCAAAUCUUCACUUAGAAUUCCAUGGGCUUGGUUGCCUGGUGCUCUUUGUCUCCUACAAGAGGUUGGAGAAGAAAAGUUGGUUCUAGAAAUAGGCCGAGCAGCACUUCAACAUCCAGAUGCUAAACCAUAUAUUCAUGAUUUUCUUCUGUCUAUGGCACUAGCCGAGUGUGCAAUUGCUAAGAUUGGUUUUGAGAAAAACAAAGUAUCACAAGGAUUUGAAGCCCUUGCUCGUGCUCAGUACUUACUCAGGAGCAAAAUUUCUUUGGGGAAGAUGCCACUGUUAUCUCAGAUAGAAGAAUCUUUGGAGGAGCUUGCACCUGCUUGCACAUUGGAGUUACUAGGCAUGCCUCACACACCUGAAAAUGCAGAACGCAGACGGGGUGCAAUUGCAGCCUUGCGUGAAUUGCUCAGGCAGGGCCUUGAUGUGGAGACAGCCUGUCGAGUCCAAGAUUGGCCUUGCUUCUUGAGCCAGUCUCUGAACAAGCUUAUGGCUACAGAAAUAGUAGAUCUUCUUCCAUGGGACAACAUAGCUGCUAUUCGCAAGAACAGGAAAUCACUUGAGUCACAGAAUCAACGGGUUGUAGUUGAUUUUAGUUGCUUUUACAUGGCCAUGAUAGCUCAUAUUGCUGUGGGUUUUUCAAGCAAACAAAUAGAGCUGAUCAACAAAGCAAAGACCAUCUGUGAGUGUUUAGUAGCAUCAGAAGGUAUUGAUUUGAAAUUUGAGGAAGCGCUUUGUUCUUUCCUUCUUGGGCAGGGAGACGAGGCGGAGGCUAUUGAAAGGCUCCAGCAGCUUGAGAUUAAUUCAGGUCCUACUUCACAAAAUUUUCUUCUGGGAAAAGACAUCAAAGAUGGUUCCAGUGUGAACCCCUCAUUGGAAAUAUGGCUAAAGGAUGCUGUGCUUGGUCUGUUUCCAGAUACGCGAGACUGCUCUCCUUCUUUGGUCAACUUUUUUGGUGGUGAAAAGAAGGCACUUGGGACAAGCAAACACUGUAAAGGAACUCGCCAAAAUAUGCUUAGUGGAUGUCGUAGACCAACUUUUGUUGCACCUGAUCCCGUAACUGCUGGAAAACCUCUUCAACAUUUGAACUAUAGUCGACACCUGGGUCUGGCAGUAAAGCAACUGGCUCCAACUAACACUGAGAGCUCGUUAAUGGGAAGCAAGACUGCUAGUGAAGGCAGUACUGGAUCUGUUCAACUGAAGAGAAACCUGGGAUCACAUCAUAAGAAAGUUUCAGAAAGCUGGUGGGCCUCAGGCAAUGUGGUUGCAAGAAUCAUGUUGUCUACGAUAUUAGGAUGCUUUGUAUUUGCAACCUUCAAAGUGUUGGGAAUGCAGUUUGGGCAUUUCAGAAGUGGGUCUAGGUUGAACUCCAAUAAACCAAAGAUGCACAUAAAUUCCCUUGCUUGGACCGUAAAUCCUUCUCUGGAUCAUGCAGGUCCUGCCUGUAUUGAUGGGAGUAAUAUUGGCGGAAGACUUGGAAAGCUGUUCUUGAUGUUUAGGAAUCAGUUCAAGUAUCCCUUUGGUGGGGGAACCUUUCAGAGUUCAUGGCCUGCUGAUGAACUUUGUCUCUUAAAUAAGGCACAAAACAAGAAACCAAUGCCCAUUGAAGAAGCUGAAACCCUAGUUAAACAAUGGCAAGCGUUCAAAGCUCAAGCUCUUGGGCCAAGCCAUUGUAUUCUGAGCCUCUCUGAGAUCCUUGCGGAAUCAAUGCUCUCUCAGUGGCAGGAUUUGGCUGAUGCGGCAAAAUCUAGUUCUUGUUAUUGGAGAUUUGUUCUGCUGCAUUUGUCUAUCUUGAGGGCUGACAUUUUUCUGGAUGGGACUGGUGGGGAGAUCGCAGAAAUUGAGGCUCUCCUUGAAGAAGCAGCGGAGCUUGUUGAUGAAUAUCAGGCAAAGAACCCAAAUUAUUACAGCAAAUACAAAAUUCAUUAUGCUUUAAGAAGACAAUGCGAUGGCUCAUGGAAAUUCUGUAGAUGCCACGUCCAAACUACAAGAUGAUUCACGCUAAUCAUGAAGAUGGCUGUCAAGCUGCAGAUUUAGUUCCCUCUGCUCCCUUUAUUUACUAUCAUUAUGUUUUAUUGUGAAUACUUGGGGGCAUGGAACUUUGGUGUCUAAGGGUAAGUGAGUGUUUCUGUUUCACCUUGGAACUGUGUAUAUGAUGGAACACUAUUUAUUUAUUUAUUUUUUGAUAUGUAGGGCCCCAAGGAGAGUUGAACACUAGUUAUUGUUCUCUGUGGCAUUAUUUUUCUUUGCAUCCUGGUUAAAUUUUCUCAUUCCAGGGUUAAAUCUUGUUUUUGUUGGAGGUUCUUAUCAUCAGGCGGUGUUUUUGAGCAAAGUUUCUAAAGAAAACUUAGAAAUGUGAACCUACCUUGGAUGGGAUUACCUACAUUUCUUUGAUUAUGAUGAACAAAUCACAGGUCCUAUAUGGAUGGAGAAGGAGAAAAGUCCAUCUAGCUCCCUUGCAGGCCUAGACAUGCCAUAACGGAGUUUUCCUUUGAAAGAUGGGAAUAUGCUUUCUAACAUUUGUUCAUACAAGAAAGAUGAGUGUUUGUGCUUGGUUUUUUCGGAGUAAGCUUACUUCAGAAUAUCGCAUAAUAGUUUGACAGUUAAAAGGAAAAAGAUGCCUGUGCCAUACUGUUUCUCCUUUCUUCACAAACUGAAAGGCUCAUGAACAUCCAUCUCACAUUUUUCCAGGAAAGCUAGUUAUGUAGCCACCAGAAGCCCCUUCACCUUGGCAUCCUCUGCAGUUUCUGCUGAAAUAGCUGCCCUUUUGCCGCAAUACAGGUUCCUGUUGCAUCAUGGAUCAGAACAGAGACAACAGAUUGCAGAGGAGGAUAGCUGCAUGCUGCAUCACUGUUUAGCUGGGGCCAUUCGUAACAUUCAUUUUAGAAUCUAUGCCAUAUGUUGGGGAUGACAAUCUUGAAUUCUUGAUUAUUAUUCUUUACUAAGGUUUGAUUAACCACACUUUUGAGUGUUGAUAAUUUUCCAGAUCUCUGGUUUGGUAUCUAGGAAUUUUAAUUUAUUUCCAGC